CUGCGGGUGGGAAAGCCAAGCCUUCAUUGUGCUGAGUUACAGUCUGUCAGGAACCGCGGAAAGAGGGAAUUGGGGCGCUUGCCCUCUUCUCCCUGAGCCUUGCGCUCACAGCGCGCUGCUUGUGGGGGCGGGGGGGCAGCGUCCGAUGAAUAUUCCCCGGCUCCUUCCCGUUCUCUCUGCUCCCGCUCACUUUGGGUGGCCACCUUCCCACCCGGCCUGGGGUCUUGGAAAGGCCCUUCUUCUGACCUUAGGGCGUUAAGUGCUCCAAACUGGGCCCCACUUUAGAAAACCCGAGUGUUCCGUGGUUGUGCACGACUCCCUUGCACUUGCUGCUCUCUAUGUGGAGUAGAAGGGGCUGAGAUUUGAAGUCAGAAAACUUUUUAGUUUUGGUCCUCCGUUGCUCUUUGGUGGCUUGUUUUCAGGAACCCUGAGCCUGUUUAUCCUCUUGAAAAUUUGUGAAACCACCUUAACUCUCUCCUGCAAUGUUAGGUACUGCCUUUUGCAGGUUUCGAGUGAAUUCUGGAGGUGCAGGCUGCUCCUGGGCCUUGCUGCUUCUGGAAAGCAUGUAAGCAGUAAACAGCGGAAGCAACCUUACAUUAGAAAAAGGAAGGGCUCUACUUGGUUUCUUAGGUGUCAUUUUAGUUUGAUCAUAACUCUUAGGGUAGCUGGAAACCUUACCGCUACAGCUGGCUACCAGAGUUUAUGAUAGUCCAGGUCUAAACCGCAAAGGAACACAGAUUUGCGAUCCUUACCUAACAUAGCUACCAUUUAUGGAAUCUGCUUUGUGCUUAACAAGCAAUAUUACAUUUACUCUUAUAAUAACUGAAAUUGGUUAGUAUUUUCAGGUGGGGAAACUGAAUGACCUAGUUAAGAAACCCUCCAGGUAACAAGGCCCAGGUUUCAGUUCAUUAAGUCUGAAUUUACCCUCUAAAUUGGAACAAUUUGCUUUUACUCUCCUUUUGAGAGCAGUCCUCGUUAGGAGUGGACUAAUGAGAGCCACUAGCAUGUCACACAACCCUCUGGAAUACAUUUUCUCUCACCAUAUACACUGUCUCCCCUUCCCCAAUAACUUGAGGCUCCUUGAUGCUGUGGCACUAGAAGCUUUAGAUUCAUUAAAUCUGCCAUAGCAGACUUUCUUUCUCACACUCUUGUAAUGCAGCUGCUCAAACAAUUUGCUAGGUGUAUUCAACUUAACGCUUUAAAACAAUUUCUAAAAUGGCAAGUCACUCUAGAAGUAAUUGCUAAUUAAAGCAUGUGUGCGAAUAAGUCAGAAAUGAAAAACAGCUUUGAAAAAAAGAUUCAGAGAAGUGACUUGAAAAGAUAGGAAACAGUAAUUAGGAAUCAGGUGGCAAUUAGACCUCUGUAGGUAGGUAGAUCUUCCCUCUUCAAUUAGUAUAAUAGGCAGCAACCCCCAUCAGAAUCUGAAAUAAAUGGAGAAGCUGGGGAUGAACUUGAACCAGCCUGACCAGGAGGAAGAAGGGGCGAGUGAAGGUGGAAGACAAAACAAACUAUACCAGGCUGUUGCUCUGCACCUGGGUUUUGGGGAGUGGAUGGAGCGCUUUGUCCAUGUUCCCUACGGCUUCUACCAGGGCUAUGGGAACACGAUGCCCUUGGGCCAGCCUGGACUCAAUGAACACAAACAGCCAGACUGGAGGCAAAACACCGGUCCCCCCACUUUCCUGGCCAGGCCUGGGCUGUUGGUGCCUGCAAAUGCCUCCGACUACUGCAUGGACCCUUACAAGAGGGCACAGCUUAAGGCCAUUCUCUCCCAGAUGAACCCCAGCCUGAGCCUGCGGCUUUGCAAGGCUAACACCAAGGAAGUCGGUGUGCAGGUGAGCCCGCGGGUGGACAAGUCCGUGCAGUGCUCGCUGGGGCCUCGCACCUUGCGCAGCCGCUCCCCUUGGGGCCGUGCAGGCCACAGGGCACCCCUGCCAGCCUGGGGAGUCUACUCGCCAGUGAUAGGCCGCAGGGGCUUCAUCCGUCUUCGGAAGGAUGGGGAAGACGAGGAGAGGAAGAUGCUCUCGGGUCCUGCAGAGGCCAGCCCGCAGCAGCCUCCAUCACCACCUGCCAAGUCGGAAGGGGACAGCCAGGAGGAACUCACGCAGCAUGAGGAGCCGGCGGAGGAAGAUGGCUCGAGUCCUCAGAAAAGGAAGAGCAAGCCGGCCCGGGCAGACGCCGCCGAUCGGCUCAGGAAACCCUGCUUCCAGUUUUUGGAACCAAAAUAUGGUUAUUUUCACUGUAAAGAUUGUAAGACCAGAUGGGAGAGUGCUUAUGUGUGGUGCAUUUCUGGAACUAAUAAGGUUUAUUUCAAACAACUCUGCUGCAAAUGCCACAAGAGUUUUAACCCUUAUCGAGUAGAAGCAAUCCAAUGUCAGACCUGUUCAAAGUCUCGUUGUUCCUGUCCUCAAAAGAAAAGACACAUUGAUCUAAGGAGGCCUCAUCGACAGGAACUGUGUGGUCGCUGCAAAGACAAGAGAUUCUCCUGUGGCAGUAUUUACAGCUUUAAAUACAUUGUGUGA